AUGAUUAAUGACAACUUGGGCUCGAAGAGAAGGAAACUUGAAGAAUCAUCUAGCAUUUUCAAUGUUUUCCCAGAGACUAAUUACGAGAUAGCGGAGAAAGCAAAGUCAAACUUUAGCAAACCCAGUCCGGAUGAUAUUGUAUUGAAGGCACAAGAGACCAACUCCCAAGAGAUUGCAGUUGGAGUGAAAGCACUUAAAUUGGAUAGCAAGAAACCAGCAGUCACGAAACCUAAGAAGAAAAUCGAUGUGUCCAAGGAGUUAGGCGUUAAACUUUCGAAGCCUAGUCUUUCUUUCGGAGUGAUUGGCCAUGUGGAUUCCGGAAAGUCGACGCUGGCAGGAAGGUUACUGUAUGACUUGAAGAUAGUUGACUCAAAAACGCUCCACAAGUUGACAAAAGAGAGCGAGUCCAUUGGAAAAGCAUCGUUUGCACUUGCCUGGAUCAUGGACCAGACCAAAGAUGAACGAGAGAGAGGUGUGACAGUGGAUAUAUGCCAGACCCAAUUCAAGACUGAGAAGUCUCUCUUCACAAUGAUCGACUGUCCUGGUCACAAAAGCUUUAUUCCCCAGAUGAUAAACGGUAUUUCACAGGCUGAUUUGACCCUGUUGAUUGUGGACGCUGGAAAGAACGCUUUCGAGAGUUCUUUUGGUUUAAGCGGUCAGACCAGGGAGCAGAUCACAAUUGCUAGAAACCUAGGAUUGGACAGGUUGGUUGUUGCAGUUAACAAGAUGGAUACAGCAGACUGGCAGCAGGACCGGUUUGAACAGAUUGUGGACGAGCUUACCCAGUUCUUGGUGGACGAUCUGGCUUUCGCCAAAGAGAAAAUCAGAUUCGUGCCGAUUUCUGGUCUCAGCGGAGGCAACGUUGUUGCAAAGCAGAAGCUUUCCUGGUACAGUAAGGGAACUUUGAUGGAAGUUCUUGAAGCCGAGGCAGAAUUGAAGCAUUCCGAGGACUCUGCUGACAGAUUCAACGAUGAGUUCAUCAUGUCCAUCAAUGACAUAGAAACCAGCUCCGAUGAUGUGUUGAUCUCAGGAAGAGUCAACUCUGGCAAGAUUCAACCAGGAGAAUCGAUAGCAGUAUCUCCAUCAGGUGAUGUGGGUGUUGUGGACAAAAUUUUCGCCAAUAUUGAAUCUCCAGGUGCUCCUAAAGCAAAGCAGGACAGAGAUCUGGUGAUUGUCGGGGAGUUCGUCACUCUGAAAGUGAAGAAUCUUUCAUUGCCAGACAAUGUGAAAGUGGGAGACCUUGUGUCCAGGUCCAACUCUCCAAUACAGGCAAGUAUGAAGAUCAAGUGCAAGAUCACAACCUUCAAGAUGAAUCUUCCCCUGUUACUUGGAUCGCAGUUCAUUCUGUUCAGAAACAACAUAUCUGUUCCUGCCACUUUAUCCAAUAUUGAAGGAAGGAAGAAGAAGCAUUUGGGCUCCAACCAAGAUGCUUUGGUGGAGAUAGAUUUGGUGGAAAGGCCGAUUCCAGUUCUAACCUAUGCCCAGGAUUCAAAGCUUGGUAGAGUGGUUUUGAGAAAAAACGGAGAAACCAUUGGGGCGGGAACGGUUGAGGAGGUUUUAUAG